AUGGCCAAGCACUGCACAACGUCAAUCAUAAGUGAUAUCCUUCACCGCCGAGGCUUCCUAAGAACACCAUGCCUGACGCGUCCUGCACAAGAAUAUGACAUCCCCGACCCGCCGCUCACAGAGCUGGGCCAGCAGCAAUGCCGCGUGCUCGAGCAGCAUCUUCGCCAGCAUGUGCCACUCGCCCACCUGAUCGAGCGUAUAAUCACUAGUCCUAUGCGCCGUACCUUGGAAACCACCGCUCUGGGUCUCGACUUCUUUAUCAAAAGGGGUAUCCCUGUAGAAGCCAAUGCUCUCUGGCAAGCCCUGCGACACAGGCAGCCCCUCCAAGACAUGAAACCCACAUUCCCGCACUUCGACUACUCGACCGUCGACCCCCUCUGGCCCUCCAAAACCGGCCCUUAUGCCUUUACGCGCACCGCAACCGUCGCACGCGGUCAAUCCUGCCUCCGCGACCUGCACUCGCGCAAGGAAAAGGUCAUUGCCGUGGUCUCGCAUUCGGGCUUUUUGAGAUGUGCAAUCAGUCUUUGCAAGUAUGCCAAUGCUGAUUAUCGCAUCUUCGAUUUCAAGGAUACAGAGAAAGGUGAGGAUUUGGAGUUGGUCGAGUGGAAGGAGACGGAGGAGAAUGGAGGUGGGUUGGGUGAGAGUGAAAAGGGCAGGGCGGUGAUUGAGGACAACGACUUCCCUGAGGAACAGGCUGAGGAGGUCAAGAAGCAGUUGGGUGGAAAGACUGACGGUGAGGCUGCCAAAGAGAUCCCUGAGAAGAAGUAG